AUGCCCAACUCCGACGACGAGGAUGCCUAUCUUUACCUGUCUGAAGACGACAGGCCUGCGGCCAAAAAACCACGUCUCGAGCUCCCCACGGGCCCGGCGGCCAGCCGCAUGAAAACAGCCAGAAGCGCCGCGGAUGAAGACGACGACGACGACGACGAAGAGUCUUCAGACGACGACGUUGAAUUUGUCAUCGGCGACUCUGCGCCACGCGCACCCGCAAACGCCACCACCACGGUCUCCACCACUUCUGGUGCUCUCAACGAUGCCAUUGGUGAGGUGAACGACGAAGACGAUGAUACGGACGAAAAGCCAGGUGCCCGCGGGGCCAGCAGCGCACGCAAAAAGACGAUCCGCGUCAGCAAGGAUGACGGCGGGGCCACCGUGGACAUCAAUUCCGUGGCAGAAUACGAGGGCAAGCCGUUGACGCAGCUAGAUCUCGAUGAGAUCAAGGAAAAGCCGUGGCGUGCGCCGGGCGCCGACAUCAGCGACUACUUCAACUAUGGCUUUGACGAGUUUACAUGGACGGCAUACUGCCACAAGCAAGACAAGCUCCGCGGCGAGUUCAACCCGCAGAAGGUCAUGGCCAAGAUGAUGGGCGGGGUGUCUGGAGGAAAGGGCCAGAUGCCGUUCCCGUUCCCUUUCAUGCCCAACAUGCCCAACAUGCCCAACAUGCCAAAAAUGCCCAACAUGCCAAUGCCGCCCAACAUGGCCAUGCCGCCUAACAUGGCGAUGCCGCCCAACAUGGCAGGCAUGCCGAUGCCCCCUGGAAUGGGCAACGGGCCGCCAGGCUCCGGCUUCGGGCCCGGAAACCCGCCUGGCAGCGGGAACCUCCCGGGCGGGCCGUCGGGGAAGCAGGGGUCCAGACAGCAGGGCCACAGCAGGUACCAGAAGUAACGACGGGGAAGAUUGCGCACACAUACAUAGAUCGAAGAUCCUAUUUCACCAGCGUACGCGUUUGUUCGUAUUGUGUAUAUAUAUACUCCCGAGACCUGCCUUCUCCACGUGACCGGAAACGCA